CCCCGCCCCCCCCCCCCACACACAUACGUUCACGGCAUUGGAAUCGUUUCAUUUAUUUAAUAAUUUAGUCAUGUGGAUGAAAUGCACAGGAGCGGAUGACGUAGCGCGCGCGUUCUAACGUGUGUGUAUGUGUGUGUGGGCGUGGAGGAAAAUGUCAACGUGCAGCGCAAGAGGAGGAGAAGGCUGGAGCUGAUGAGGGUCAUGUUAUUACGAAGCUUCAGCCUUCGCGUUAGCCGCUCUAAAAUAUCUGAUAUCCGGGGAGGAAAGUUGUAAAGGGGUCGGCUGUCGGCAGUUAGCGGAGCCCGGGGUGUUGAGGAGGCGGGAGAGGUGAGUUCAGUGAGCCCUCCACAGCGAAGCGAAGCCCAGCCUCCCUUCCUGCAUGUGAAGCAGAUUGGGCAGAGACGUUCACAAGCCCCAGGCCACUUGUGACCGCCGUUGACCUCCUAUUUCAGGUAGAAACUCUCUGCAACAUUUAGCAACAAUGUAGACUUUUCAACGUCCUGAUGAUGAUGAUGAUGAUGAUGCAGGGCCUUGUAGGGAGGAGGAGCAGCGACUGACUUUCUCCUCAAUUUUAUCACACCCUGCACUCUAUGUCCGUCCCGACUGGGCGGCUAGAGUGCUAUGUCAUCAACCACACCCCCAUCGGCUCAACCCUCUAAGAAGGGACGGAAGCCGGAGAAAUCGGAGGUGAUGGCUGAUUCGGUGCCGGCCACCAACGAGGAACUGAGGAGCAAGAUCAUGGACCUUCAGAUAGAGCUACAGCAGGAGCGCGGGAAGGUAUGCAAACUCCGCGAGCGGCUCCAGGAGCAGCGGCAGGCUCGCGAACUUGAGCAACACAAGCAUGCCGUAGCACUCACUGACCUGCGUGCCAAACUCCAUGAAGAAAAGCUACGUGAGAUCGCUGCCAUACGGGAGACUCUGGCACGGCAGCAUGAAGCCGAGCUGGCCAGAACAAUCAAGAUCCGGGAUACUGAGGUUCAGAGGCUGCAGGGUCUUGUGAAUGCACUGAGAGAUGGAGCUGCUGACAAGCUCAAAAAUGCCCUUCUUGCAGAGGCUAGGGAGGAAGCAAGGAGAGCCUUUGAUGGGGAGAGAAUAAAGCUCCAGCAGGAGAUUCAGGAGCAGAAAAUGGCUCGGAAGCAAGCUGAAGAGGCUCUUGCAAAUGCUCUUCAGGCUGAUAAAGCCAAAGCAGCUGAUCUCCGCACAGCCUACCAACAGCACCAGGAUGAGGUGCACCGCAUUAAACGCGACUGUGAGAAAGACAUCCGCCGGCUGAUGGAUGAGUUGAAGGCAAAGGACCGGGUGGUGUGUGCUCUGGAGAAGGAGCUGGGGUUACAGGCUGGCUAUGCCCAGAAGCUUCAGCUCCAAAAGGAAGCCCUGGAUGAGCAGCUGGGUCAGGUACGAGAGGCCGAGAGACACAACCAUGGCAGCCCGAAGAGAGAAGUGGUGCCUGGACUAGGAGAAAACUCAGACUUGCUCAACAACCAGGAGGUGGAGGAGCGUGACAUGAGGAGGUUCCAGUUGAAGAUUGCAGAGCUCCACUCAGUCAUCAGGAAACUGGAGGACAGAAAUGCACUACUGGCCGAUGAGAGGAAUGAACUAUUGAAACGGGUGCGAGAGGCAGAGAGCCAAAUGAAGCCAAUGUUUGAGAAGAAUAAGCGGCUGUCCAAGAAAAAUGAUGACCUCCUGCAAACACUGCAGCGCAUGGAGGAGAAACUCAAGAACCUGAGCCGCGAGAAUGCUGAGAUGAAGGAAAAGGCUUCCUCCUCUCGGCCACCAUCACAGCAGCAGUCCGUUCAGGCCCAGAUGAAGCGACCAAGCUCCCUGACCGACCUGACCCAUGCCCAUGAGGAACAGGAAGUAGAGUUCCUCAAGCUGCAGGUUGCUGAGCAACGCGGCAUCAUUGAUGAGCUCACGCAGGAACGUGAUCGAUUGGUGAUGAGCAAAAAGAACAGGAAGAAACCUUUCAAGCUGCCGAAAAGGCAUGUUGUGGAGACAUAUUUUGGAUUUGAUGAGGAGUCGAUAGACUCUGAAACCUCCUCACUGACCUCUUAUAACACUGACCUCACUGACCGCACGCCUGCAACUCCAGAGGAGGACUUGGAAGAGAGCGUUUCCCGUGAGGAGUCAGAACUUCGUUUUCGUCAGCUCACUAGAGAGUACCAGGCUCUUCAGCGGGCCUACGCUCUCCUGCAGGAGCAGACUGGGGGGUCUCUGGAUGCAGAAAGGGAGGCCAGGACCCGUGAGCAGCUGCAGGUGGAGCUCAGCAGCUGCCAGGCAAAGAUCGUGGAUCUGGAGAAGGCCCUGGCUGAGCGGGGGCAGGAUUCAAAGUGGGUAGAGGAGAAGCAGUACUUGCUCAGGACCAACCAGGAACUGCGUGAGAAGAUGAGUGCGCUGCAGCAGGCGGAGUCCCGGCUGCAGGCUGAGGUUCAGGAUGCUCGGGACCAAAAUGAGCUGCUGGAAUUCAGAGUCCUUGAACUGGAAGAAAGGGAGCGCAGAUCACCUGCCCUCAAUCUCCACAUGUCUGCAUUCCCUGAGAACAGUAGCAGUGCCCUGCAAGUCUACUGCCACCAGGAGGGAGUCAAGGAUGUAAUCAUUCCUGAACUGAUGAAGAAGUUGGAUAUUCUGGGAGAUAAUGGGAAUCUCAGAAAUGAAGAGCAGGUGGCUGUGAUCCAAGCAGGGACUGUGAUCUCACUCUGUGAAAAGUGGUUGAAGCAGAUAGACAGCACUGAGGCUGCCCUCACGCAGAAGAUGAUCGACUUGGAAAAUGACAAGGAGCUGUUUAGUAAGCAGAAAGGAUUCCUUGAGGAGGAGUUGGACUACAGGAAGCAGGCCUUGGACCAAGCCUACAUGAGGAUCGAGGAGCUGGAGGCCACGCUGUAUAGCGCUCUGCAGCAGGAGCAGCCGGCAUGCCAGGCGGUGGCUGAGUCGCUGACAGACAGGCAGAGGGAGGAGCUGAGGCUAGCCGUGGACAAGCUGCGGCGUCAGAUUCUCCGGCAGAGCCGGCAGUAUGACAGUCAGAUCUUACAGGAGCGCAUGGAGCUCCUACAGCAGGCCCAGCAGAGAAUAAGAGAGCUGGAGGACAGGAUUGACUUGCAAAAGAGACAAAUAAAGGAAAUAGAGGAAAAGUUUUUGUUCCUCUUUUUAUUUUUCUCUUUAGCAUUUAUUCUUUGGCCUUAAUGAAAAUGCCCGUGGACCCACAUCAGGUGUUAAGGUGCUGUGGUGGCAAGCGAAGAUGACAAAACCUAAUUGUUUUUUAUGCAUUUGUAGACAGUUCAACAAAACCUUAUGGCCUUUUUGAUAAAUGUGCACUUUUGCAGAAGACUGGAAUGCAAACAUAUUUGAAAA